AUCUUUGAUGCACCGGAGAAGCUGAUCUCUAAGGUUUACCAUGGCGAUUGGGUUAUGCAUCUUACCAUCAACCCCAUCAAGAAAAAAUUCCAGCAAAAGACCACAGGUUGGAAAGCCUUCAUGGCAUAAUGAUGAUGAUGAUGAUCCUGUUAAUCCCAGUGCCAAAAGCCAUCCAGUUUCUCCACCAAAUCCCAGUCUUGAAUUGCAGAGAGGAAUUCUGCUACGGUCAUUGUCAAUAAAUUUCCCUCUGGUUUCACCUGCAAAGCCUCUUAGAUUAGCUUAUCUUGGCAAGAGCCCACCUGUCAAACCAGCACAGGCAAAGCCUUGCCCGCCUGCCAAACCAGCACAGGCAAAGCCUGUGGCAGCAAUGGCACCGGGGGCUGCUCCACCGCCUCCUCCACCACCCGAGGCUUCAAAAAAACUCUGUGCCAAGAAGGCCAUUGGCAAACUGAAAAGAUCAGUCCGGAUGGUGAAAUGGUAUCAAACUCUCAAGAGGAAAGUGGAGGGGCAGGUGCAGCAGGUGAAAAAUGCAGUGGGAAAGAAAACUCGGGUUCAGGGUACCUCUGGGGAAAAACAAGGAUUGGAUGACGCAAUUGCAGAGAUGAUGAAGAGAUCAGCAUAUUUUCAGCUUAUCGAGGAAGAUGUUAGUAAACACCAUCAAGAAAUCAUCCAGUUGAGAGCAGCCAUAGAUUCUUUCCAGACAAAGGACAUACAGAAGCUCCUGCAAUUUCACAAGGCAGUGGAGGAACAACUAGAGAAAUUAACCGAUGAAACUAAGGUUCUGACAAGGUUCGAAGAUUUCCCCGUAAAGAAACUGGAAUCGCUGAGGGAAGCAGCAGCGUUGUACUCGAAACUGAAAGAAAUUAUUGACACCUUGCAGAACUGGAAGAUAGAGCCUCCUCUUGGGGAGUUUCUGGAUACGGUUGAGAGCUUCUUCAACAAGAUUAAAGUAGAAAUAGAGGUUGUGGAAAGAAACAAGGAUGAGCUGGCAAAGAAAUUUCAGAGCAACAACAUCUCAUUUGACUUCAACAUCCUAGUCAGAGUGAAAGAAUCCAUGGUGGACAUUUCUUCAAGUUGCAUGGAGUUGGCACUCAAGGAAAGAAGGGAAGCAAGUGAAGGGAAAAUGCAAGGGAGCGUAAAGCUACUAUGGAGGGCAUUUCAGCUCGCGUUUCGCAUCUAUAGCUUUGCAGGAGGCCAAGAUGACCGUGCAGACAGAUUAACUGAAGAACUGGCUCAAGAAAUUGCUGAUGCUCAAACUUAACAGUGUCAACUUGUCAAACAUACUGGCUGAGAACAACUAAAAAACCCAGAAAUAAAAAAAAAAUAAAAAAAAAAGCCCUUUUCACUCCAAUCUUGCAUCUUUUUGAAGAUUAGUUCUUUUGAUCGAGUAUGAAGGUUACACAGAGCUCAUUAGUCUAAAAAUGAAAUCUCCAACCAACAAAAUUUUUCAAAGUUAUUUCCUUUACUUAAUUAACUUCUCAAUAUUUUACCAGUCUUUGGAUCAAUACAACAAACACCUGACCUGCACGCUUUACUGGCCAACAGUUUUACAGUCCCAGAGCUACAAGAUGGAAUUAAGCAUGAUAGGUAGCAGUAGGGAAAGAGCGUCUGACCU